AGGCCCGCCGGAGCUACUUCAAUGCCUCAGAGGGGCAGGUUCCUCCCAAAACAGCCGGCAAACCCUCGGCACAUCUCACCCUCCGCCCGCAGAGCCUGCCCCAGGGGGGCAACUCCAAGCGCUUCGGGAACCUCUCCCAGUCCUGCCGCCACGCCAUCGCCCGCUGGGAAGCCAGCACCAUCCACCCGCACCUGCAGAACAUCACCUACCGGGACGGCCGGCUGCAGGUCAACCAGGCGGGCAAGUACUACGUCUACUCCCAGAUCUAUUUCCGCUACCCCAGCGACAGGGCGGGCGCCCGCGUCUCCGUCCCCCAGCUCGUGCAGUGCAUCAACUGGAAGACGUCCUACAGCCAACCCAUCCUCCUGCUCAAAGGGGUCGGCACCAAGUGCUGGGCGCCCGAGGCGGACUACGGGCUCCACGCUCUCUACCAGGGGGGUCUGUUCGAGCUGAAGGCCGGCGACGAGCUCUUCGUCUCCGUCUCCUCCUUGGCCAUCGACUACAACGACGCAGCAGCCAGCUACUUCGGGGCCUUCCGGCUCGACCUGUGA